AUGUAUUCAUCAACAAACAUGCAAGCAAAAUUAGGUUCUUUUGUCAACAAGUUCUUCAGAAGGGAUAUCAAAGGCUCUCUUGCAGUGACUGGGAGUGUGAAAACGCGAAGAGGUUAUGUAGCUAUGUACGUGGGGAAAGAAGGUAAACGAUACGAAGUUCCAGUGAAAUAUCUUUCCAAUCCAGUAUUCCAAGAACUGCUUAGGCGAUCGCAGCAUCAAGAUCUCGAAUACAAGAUCGAAGGGGCAAUUCGGAUUCCUCACUCUACCGCUUUUUUCGAUCAGUUCUUAAGGAUUAUGAAGGAAGAAAACCAAAGAAGCCUUCGAAUGGAAAUCAAGGUUGAAGAAACCUUGAAGCUCUCUUAUGAUGAUUUCGAGCCCUUUUGCAAAUGGAAAAGAGAGGAAGGACAUGACAUACUUGAGGUCCAUCUAAAAGAUUUCCAAAAACAACAGCUGAGGGUCCAAAUAAAAGAACCUGGUGUUGUGACAAUUACUGGAGAGCGACCUCUAUAUGAUACUCGCCGGAGCCGGUUUAACAAACAAAUCAGGAUUCCAAAGAACUGUAAAAUAAAUGAAAUUCGUGCAACGUUCUCUGGUGGUAUUCUUCAUGUAGUAGUGCCUGAGAAAACUCCCGCAUUUCCUGCUGAACUAAGUAGGACUGAAAAUAUCACAACAAGCACAAGUAUGCCAUCAAAUUACUUGCUUGGCAUGAAGAGUUCCAGUUGGAGACUGGAAUUAAAUACCAAGUUAGCUCUAAAAGUUGCGGGAAUGCUUGCUCUGGUAGUAGCUUUUGGAGCUCAUGCAUACAAAUACUGUCAUUGUGAUCAUGAUACGAACACUCUAUUGGUCAACAGGAUCGAGGAAAUGAUGGAUCCAAGAAAGGAUUAG